AGAAUUGAGGGAUCCACCAGUUUCUGAUUUUUGAACAUUCCUAACACAACCUUCUUGAAUAAGAAAUGUCAAAAGAAAAGGACAAACAUUUCCAAGAUAAGCUGAAGAAGUUCUUUAAGCACAAUCGUGAUGGGAGUAAUUACAGUCAGUAUCUCAGCCAGCCAUUCGAGUACACCGCAGACCUCCAGCAGAGCCUUCGCUCACACUCGCAGCCGGGCACCCGCGUACGGGCCCUGCAGGAUCUGGUGGAGCGGGUGCGCCGCCAGCGGCUGGACGACCUGCAACUGGUGUCGCUGGUGGCCGACGUGGCCGACCUUCUGGAGCCGACUGCGGCGCGCGACACGCGCCAGGCGGUGCUGGCCGCGCUGACGGCACUGGUGGCCGGCCAGCUGGAGCACAUGACGGCCGCCAAAGAGGAGCUGCUCGGACUGGUCGACAGGCACAAUGUCGCCGAGGACCUCCUGCCCAGGGUGCGUCUGCUGAGCGCGCUGACGGAGAACGGCCGCAACCUCACCUACAUCGAGGAGGAGGUGCCGUCGCUGCUGGUGCGCCUGCUGCCGGAGGCGCUGCUGCAGCCGGUGGCCGGCGGCGGUCAGCGCGAGCUGCUCACCCUCCUCCAGAACACGGUCAAAUUCAACGCCGCCUACGUGGAGCCGGAGCACGUGCGUCGCUGCGUGGAGCUGGUGUACGAGCGCGCGGCCGCCGAGCCGGGCGGCCUGGACACAGCCUCGUGCCUCUCCCUGCUGGACGUGAUCCUGUGCUACCGGGACCUGCCGCGCGGCGCGCUGGUCCGCCUGUCCGCACUGCUGGCCAGGCUGGUCUGCCGGCCCGAGCACGCCAAACACGCCUGGCGCAUCAUGAGGAACCUGCUGGGCACCAGCAUGGGACCGGUCACGCUGCAGGUUCUGACCGACAUCAUCAUGAACCGCUCCAACGCCAACGACGCGCCGCUGCUGAAGGGCUGCGUGUUUUUCGGCGCCACGGCGCUGUGGGGCGGCGAGGAGCGGGUGGCCUCGCUGCUGCACCGGCCGGGCGCGCUGCUGCCGGCGCUGGCCGCUGCGCUCGACUCGCCGCAGCCGGCCGUCUGGCACGAGGUGGCGCUCGAGCUGCGCCGGCUGGUGAGCGGCCCGCAGGCCGGCGAGCUGCUGCCGCACGCCUGGGACGCCCUGCUGGACCUGGUGGACCGCCUGUACGGGGAGGCGGUGUCCGGCCGGCCGCCGCUGGCGCAGGCCGCGCAGCAGGUGCGCGCCCACCUGGCCGCGCUGCUGGCCGCCAUAGAGCAGCUGGUGGCGGCCGGACGGUUCAGCGGCGACGACGCGCGGCUGGCGCAGACGCUGGAACUGUGCGCCGCCGACCGACCCGAGGCCAACGUGGUGGCUACUGUGCGCGACACCGCCGACAGGCUGCUGACUUAUAGGUACACGUGGCUGCCGGAGCUGCGCCAGCUGGUGGCGCGCUAUUUCGAGCGGGAGCGGCGCACGGCAGUGCGUCUGGCGGUGUGUGACGUCCUGCAGCGUGUCUGGGACGGAUUCCGCAGCCUGGAGGCGGGCCCGCUGCUGGAGACGGUGCUGCUGCCGGCCGCCGCCGGACUCCCCGCCGAGCCGGACCCGCUGGUGCGCGCCCGCCUGGUGUCGUUGCUGGUGCGCGUGGCGUGUACCUGCCGCUCCCCGCACUGUCUCGAGGUGAUGACCGUGCUGGAGAAGGUGUUGAACGCGCCGCUGGAGGCCGGCAGACCGCUGGCGGCUGGUGAAGUGGCCGCGCUGGUGGCGGCUGCCGAGGGCUUCUGUGAGCUGCUCUCCAUACACCUGGACUCGCUGCCGUCGGCGCUGGCCGUCAAGGCAUACAGAGCGAUGGUGGAUCACCUGGGCCGGCACUACACCACUCCGGAGGUGCUCCUGGCGGCGUCCGAGGUCCGAGAGCCGCUGCUGCUCACCCUGCUCAGCCUGCGCGUGGACUGCCGGGAGCAGAUCGGUCUGCCCGACCCGGCCACUGGAGUGGUCAGGUUCAGCCCGCACCUGCUGGCCGAGCAGAGGAACGCCGACGCGCCGGCGGGCGGACCGGCGCCGGCAGCGACCGACGGCGCCCCGCACAAACUCGGCCCGUCGGAGACGCGCGUCAGCCUGGCCGGCGUGUGUCUGACGGUGAUCAGCGCGCUGCGCCACGAGCGCGACUUUGCGCUGCUCUCAGAGCUGCUGCGCCGCGUGCCGCGACUGCUCGAGAACAAGGCGCUGGUGGUGAGCGAACACGGCGCUGACGUGGACUACUUCGCGCAGGCCAUGUGCCAGCUGACGGCGGACAUCACGCCGGCGCUCUGCUCGCGGCUGGUGAACGUGCCGGCUGAUGUGAAGACGUCCGACCUGCAGUCGCUGGUGUACCCGAUCCUGGUGUCGCUCACCUCCUACCACGGACACAUGAGCAUGCCCAUGCACCGGCGGCUGAUCGGCAGUCUGGAGAGCGGCCUGCGCUCCCGCUGCGCCCCGCAGUGUAUGACCGCGCUGACCGUCUGCGCCCUCGGUAUGCGAGAGGCCAUGGCCAAAGUCAUACACGACGUGCUCUUCGGUAUGUCCAAGCUGUCUGCGACGGUGGCGAUGGGAAACUCGGUGCUGGAGUUUAUCUCGACGCUGAUCCGCAUCCCCAAAGUGUACUCGUGCUUUAAUGAAGAAAAGUACAUGUCCAUCUUCGCGAUCGUUCUUCCGUACACGAACCCAGCCAAAUUCAACCACUACAUUGUAUCGCUGGCACACCACGUCAUCGCGAUGUGGUUCCUCAAGUGUCGGGUCAAGUACCGCAGAGGAGUCGUCAAAUACAUCAUCAAAGGCCUGAAGACCAACUUCAGCAGCAUCCAGGAGCUGCUGAGGCAGCAGCAGGCCAGCAAGCAGGCAGCGGACAACGAAGACUCCAGCAACCGUCGCAGAUCGUCCAGUCUGUCGGACCGCGCCAGCCAGGCGCGCGGCCGCGAGACGCGCACGUUCUCGCUCUCGCGGCGCGCCCAGGAGACGCCGCCAGAUCCGGGCGGUCGGCGCGGCUCGCUGGCCGUCGGCGGGGGUCCACCGCCGCCGCCUCCUCCGCCACCCAUACCCGUCACCGAGGAGCUCAUCAAGUUCCACCGCGAGCUCACAGAGACCUGUGUCGACCUCAUGUCGCGCUACACGGGCGCCAACUUUGCCGUGCUGCCCGAGCGUACGGCAGUGAUGGAGCUCCUGCUGGCCGGCGGCCUGAGUAACACCUGGGUGAUCGGUAACCGGCUGGUGACCAUCACUGUCGGCGGCUGCGGCGGCACCGUGUUCCGGCGCGCCCUCUGCGAGCGCUGCUACAACCUCUGCUGCGCUGGCCUCACUGACGACACGCCCACCAGCCCGCCGCCGGAGCCGGACACGCCCCAGCCGCAGCCGCAGCCGCCGGCGGCGCCGAGCGCGCCGCUCGAGGUGCGCCGGCGACACAUCUCCACACCGGUGGGCCGCGGCGCGCCCGUGGCCGAGUCGCCGCCCCUCCGAGACGACUCGCAGCUGAAGGUGCGGGCCGCCGCCGCAGCCGCCGCCGCGGCCGCCGGGGAUCAGCCGAACUCGCCGGGCACGGGCGCCGGCCCCGGCGGCGGUCGGCUGUGCAGCUGCUGGUGCCAGGGCUGGGCCGAGGUGCUCGUCCGCCGGCCCUCGGGUAACAUGGCCUGGAUGACGCGGCUGGAGAACCGGCAGCUGGUGGAUUCGGAUGAGCUGCCGCUGCCCGACCUGCUGUCCCUGAUCGCGCCCGGCACGGCCGACCAGACCAUGGAGAAACUCCUCAAACAGACCGAGUCCCCGGCUGAGAGCGCCACCUCCCCGCCGGCCUCUGCUCCCGUCUCCCCUCCGGCGCCGCCCGAGAUCAGCAUCAUCCAGGAGGACGGCGACGGCGCCGGAGAGACCCCCGACGAGGGUGGCGGCCCGCGGCGCCUGCUGCCGCUGUCCCGCACCCGCAGCGGCGAGACGCGCCGACACAGCCUCUUCAAAUCCGUCUCCGGCAGCCAGAUGCCGCCGCAGUCGUCCCCCCGUCUGGGUCGUGACCGGAGUCACACUAUCUCCGUCAUGUCGCCGACGCGGCGCGCUCCGCCCGCGGACGGGCUGGGCGAGGACGGCCGACUGGGCCUGCUGCCCGAACAGGUGCUGCUGCAGCUGUUCCACAGUCCCGAGCUGGACGCCCGCGAGCCGUACCCGGAGCCGGCGCCCGCCAACUGCGACGUCCUGCUGCUGGAGAACGGUCCGGAGACCGAGCGCACGCUGGCCGUGUUCGAUAGGAUCACUCCCAUGGAGACGCACAAGAUCGGUGUGCUGUACGUGGGCGCCGGCCAGGCGGGCGACGAGCCGGCCAUCCUGCGAAACCAGUGUGGCUCGACCCGAUAUAAUCAGUUCCUCAAGGGUCUCGGCCACCUGGUGGAGCUGACUGAGGCCCACCCGAAGAAGACGUUCCUGGCCGGCCUGGACCGGUCCGAGAAGCGCUCAGACGGCCGCUUCGCCAUUAUGUGGGAGGACGACCUGAUGCAGGUGCUGUUCCAUGUGGCCACCAUGAUGCCCACUGUCGACGAGCGCUGCAACAACAAGAAGAUGCACAUCGGCAACGACUUUGUGCUGAUUGUGUACAACGAGUCGGGCCAGCCGUUCAACAUCACCUCGAUCCGAGCGCAGUUCUGCUACGCCGGCGUGGUGGUCGAGCCGUUGGACCACGGUACCAACCGUAUCGUCGUCACCACCAAGGGAAAACUGCAGGAGCUGUUCGGUCACACGGAGGUGACGCUCGUCUCGGACCAGAACGUGGCGGCCAUGGCCCGCCAGCUGGCGCUGCACGCCAACCUGGCCUCUCUGAUCCAGCAGCGCGGUGUGGCCGGACCCGACCCGUACGCCUCCAACUGGCUCGAGCGGCUGCGGCACAUCAAGCGCGUGCGCCGCCGCGUGGCGGACGCCCGCCAGCGCCGCCUGCAGGAGCGGAGGAAGGCGGGCGAGGACAUGGCGCCGCACAGUGUCGACUUCACGCAGCUACUGGAGUGAGACGGAUGGGGGACCCGAGGACAUCCCCCAGCUAUUGGAGUAAGUGUGAUCGUGGUUCGUGGGUCGCUCGGACCUCCCAUAGUAACUGGAGCAAGUGGUGUGGUGUAGCCCGCUAUGUUCAUCACUCAGCAGCUACUGGAGUGAUCCGAUAUGAUCGGGCUCUUCCUUCUUUAUGUCGAGAGGGAGGGAUAGCAGUAUCUUAUUACGAAAGGGAAAUCCUGACCUUCUGGUAUAAUUCAUUCACACGCGACAAAAAUGUACCUAUCUUUCAUCAAUGCAUCGCACAUUACGAUUUCGGGUGGUGGCGCUCUUUCGCCCUCGUUCAUGAAGUGGGCCCUUCCGACGGCGUCACUGAUGCACGACUCUCUGAGGCAGGCGUGUCGGACGCAUCACAGCUAUUAUACCGCUGAUACCUACUGUCCUUUGUGAACGGACGUGAAGUCCUUCGCCGCGCCGGGGGAUGCGGGAUGACAAUAAAAGCAUGGCGUCUAGGAGUUGGCAGACCAAAAUCUCUCACGCUUGUCCGAUGCUAUUUUUCUGGCGAGGCAUUCGGCCUACUGUUCUGAUGGGUGAUGCCUUUGCCGAUGUAUAACGCUAUCGGAGUAUUGCUGUGUGGCUGGUACCGUCCGAUGGCGCCCGUCGAAGGUGUCAGCUGGGCGCCACCGCUGGGGCUCAUCCGUAAUCGUGUAAGGGAAGAGCCGAACUAUUUUAACGCUUCCUUGUGUGUGUGGUGAGAGGCGUGAGUCGGGCGGUGUCGUACUUUUAAAGGCUGUGUGGCUGCUGGGCACGGUCGUUGCCUGCGCUGACUGGUCGCCGUUUCUGUGACGCUCAGUGGAAGUUACGUCAAAUCCAUUGGUUAAAAGCGUGCCUCGGAAUGCCGUUCAUAAGAGCUCAUACCAAACAUCGGUCUGAUUUGUGUGAUCUGCGUAGAACCAUGCGCUUCCCGCGAUGGAAUACUAUUGUAGUAAAAAUUGUUAUUUUCCAGUGAUAAUCUUGCGUCCGAUGCUCACGAAACAAUGGUGUUUGUAUGCAAGGUGAUGGUAGCAUGAUUUGUUUUUGGGAUUAAAUGCUGGAAAUCUAUGUCCAAAGUAAUAGCCUAUAAGGCCACUAGUCGACGCCAGGGUAUAUGUUUCGCUCUACAGCACUAGCUAAUGUCUCCUUGGGAUAAAACAUCUCAAUGUGUGCCCAUAUUUGACGAUAUUUGGUUAUUGUUUACGUGAUAUGAGCUCAUUUGAUACCAAUAGUGCUGCAGCUGUACCAAAAUACCACAAAGAAAUGGACGCGGAAACACCAAAUGUUUGUGCUUUGUUCAUUGUGUGCGUGUGGCUGUGUAUGAGCCGACGUGUCCGACACUCAGUGUGAAUGUGCUGUCCGCUCUGAGUGUGUGCGGUGGCGGGGUAGGACGGUCUCGACCGGCUCCUGUCGUGCUGACGGUACCGCGUGGUAUCCGCGGUAUGGAGGACGCGGCCCGCCCGCGUCCCCGUACCGCGGCGCCGCGCCCCUCGCGCGCCCCGGGUGCCUUGUAACGCCGCCAGCGUCUUGCCGUCUCUGUCUCUGUCCGUGUGUGUGUAUUACGACAGAUCCAUCCGAGGCAGCCAAACGCGGCGCCGUGCCGUCUGCCGCGCGGCUCCCUGUAUAUUUUAUGAACGUGAGCUUUCUCGGUGCAGCCGGCCACUGUUGGUGUGCCGUCCGUGCUCGGUGGUCGGCCGGAUGGGCCCGCUAUUGGGCCGCCCGACCGCGGCUCCUCCGCUCUGGGCUGGGUGGCCGCCGCCGCAGGCUUCCGUAUCGGAUCCAUAGGCGCGGGCUGCUCGCGCGACUCUCGCGCCGUCCGGUUCUUGGUGGGUGGAAAAACAAACAGUCCGGCUGUGGUGCUACUCCCUUGUUGGGAAAAUCAUGCUCUGGGGCGUCUUUAUUGUUGCCGCGUGAGGCGGGCAGGCGGCGGAUCGUGUGCGAGCCAGCUGCCCGACUGUGUACUAUGUAUGUUAGCCUAGGUCUGGGCGCUAUUGGUCGCCGUCCUUUAUCAGCAUGCUGCCGGUUUGCUAGCGUUUCUCGGUUUCUCAUUGGUGGAUAUCACCUAUUCACCAUCAAUAGGACGGGAAACGCCAGCAAAUCACUUCUACAUUUGGUGGAAGCGGCAGCAGGCUGAUAAUGAUAGCAGCCGGAUAGCGCUCCGUCUUCAGUUCAGUCCAGGUCGGCCCACUCGCUCCGCCGUUUGUUGAUCCCGUGUCUGGGUGUCAAAUAAAGUUGAAUACCUCA